CACACACACACACACACACACACACAGCGCUGUUUUGUAUUCAUACUGUUCCUCCUCCUGGAGGUUUCUGCACCACAUACUCCGCAGCUCUUCUUUUAUCAUUUUCUUCUUUUUUUUUCUAUUUCCGGUUCAGUUUGGUAAAAUUCCUCGGUGCGCGCGUGCAUUCGACUUAAACCCGAUCGGCGCGUCAUGAAGAGCUCGAGCGCACCUGGACGCGUGCAGGAGGAUUCAGUCUCUGUGUCUAAGCUUCUUCCUGAUCAGCACACAGCAUGGAGAUCAGCUCGGGAGCAGGAGUAAUCUUGUACGCCUGUUCCAGCUCGAGUCCCGACAGUCCGUCUAGCGGAUAUCAGACUCUCUCCCCUUCCUCUCAGUCCCAGCCUUCUUCUCCAGAGGAAAGCUCUUGCGACCUUCAACACAGAAACGCAGGAGAAACAAAGUCAAAACAAAGCAGUGACCCAAAACUCACCACAGGCACUUCCUCUUCAUCUAAACCCAUCUUCCAGUUCCCCGAACUGAGCAGCACAAACAUUACAUCAUCAGGCCAGAGAACCAAACUGCUCACAGGAACGAGGUCAUGCACUGCUUUUACCAAGGCGGGUGGCAUGGUGUUGCUGUGUAAAGUGUGUGGAGACGUCGCCUCGGGGUUUCACUACGGAGUUCACGCAUGUGAGGGAUGCAAGGGUUUCUUCAGACGCAGCAUCCAGCAGAACAUCAGCUACAAGAUGUGCGUGAAGAAGGAAAAGUGUCUGAUCAUCAGAAUGAACCGUAACCGCUGCCAGCACUGUCGCUUCAAGAAGUGUCUCUCAGUCGGCAUGUCCAGAGACGGUGUGCGUUUUGGUCGCAUCCCAAAACGUGAAAAGCAGCGCCUCCUAGAUGAAAUGCAGAGCUACAUGAACACCAACACUACCAUGGAUGUUGACUCAGGAACACCCUCAGAAGACCUGUCCAUGAAAACCACAGCCAGUCCUCUGUGCCUUCUGUCAGUGUCAGAGGAGGUCGUCAGUGCCUCGUCUCACUCAUCUGUGGUAGUGAAGAAGGAGGAGAUGCUCAAUGAGAACAUCAGUCCUCACAAUCAUGGGUCUCCGUUUUGCUCCGUUUCUCCUCACAGCAGAUCGACUCCAUCAUCCUGCCCCACUCAGGGCACCUUCAUGCCCACACACACCGACCACACACCAAAGCUCACAGGAAGUGACAUCAAGACAAAGGCACCCUGUUCCUGGAGUCUGAGUGCUGGAGCUAAAGUUCUGGCGUGUCCUUUAAAUUCCUGUCCUGUCUCCACGUCUGGUCGCUCCACUCAGCAGGUCUGGGAUGAUUUCUCUCACUGUUUCAGUCCUGCAAUUAAAGACGUGGUGGAAUUCUCUCGCAGCAUCCCGGGAUUCGACACGCUUAACCAAGACGAUCAGAUCCGAUUGCUCAAAUCAGGAACCUUCCAGGUUCUGAUGGUGAGAUUUUCGUCCCUCUUCAAUGUCAAACAGCGAACGGUGAGGUUUUUAAACGGACAGACGUAUCCUAUGGCAUCUCUCAGGGCACUGGGUAUGGGCACGCUGCUGGACGCCAUGUUCGAUUUCAGUGAGAAGCUGAGCAUCCUGGGAUUGGAGUCAGAUGAGUUGUCCCUCUUCAUGGCCGUAGUGCUGGUCUCUGCAGAUCACUCUGGGAUUUCCAACAUGGCCGCUGUGGAGAAGUUACAGGACGAUUUAAUCAACUCGCUGCGUUCUCUCUUCGUGCAAAAGCGACCGAACAACGCAGAGAUUUUCCCAAAAUUACUUUUACGUCUUCCAGAUCUUCGAACAUUAAACUGUUUGCACUCCGAGAAACUUUCCGCCUUUCGCAUCGACUCCUAAAUAAAAAGAAAGAAGGGAUUUUACUUUUACAAUUUUUUUAAGUGCUAAAUGACACUGUUGCCUUGAAAAGGGAAAGAAUGUAUUAAAAUGUAUGAAUAGU